AGUGACAGUGACAUUAGUUGCCAGAACUUUUUAUUUUAGUGUUUAUUUUUCUUUUAUUGGAAAUAGGAGUUUAUUAUUUUCAAUAAAAUGUUAGAAGACGUAAAACAAGUUAUAUUAGUUCUAUCAGGAAAAGGUGGAGUGGGAAAAUCGACAGUGAGCACACAGUUAGCUUUAACUCUUAAAGAAAACGGAUUUAAGGUUGGGCUACUCGAUAUUGAUUUAUGUGGACCGAGUGUUCCCUAUCUUCUAAAUUUAGAAGACCAGAACAUUCAUCAAGGUCCAGAGGGUUGGAUUCCGGUGUAUUUAGACAAGGAAAAAAAGUUAGGUGUCAUGUCUAUUGGUUUUAUUCUGAAGUCUCGUAAUGACGCAGUUGUGUGGAGGGGACCUAAGAAAACAUCUAUGAUUAAACAGUUCUUGGAAGAUGUCUCUUGGCAGGAUUUGGACUAUCUCAUAAUCGAUACUCCUCCAGGAACGUCAGAUGAACACAUCACAGUGAUGGAGAACCUACGUCAGGUGCCUAAAUGCUCUGCAAUACUGGUUACAACUCCACAACAAGUUGCUAUAGAGGAUGUCCGUAAAGAAAUAACAUUUUGUCGAAAAACUGGUAUACCAAUCAUGGGCCUCAUUGAAAAUAUGAGUGGAUAUGAAUGUCCAACAUGCAGUGAAUGUACAAAUAUAUUUUCAACGGGAGGAGGGAAGUCCCUUGCAGAGAUAUCAAAGAUAAAAUAUCUGGGAAGUAUACCCAUAGACCCUAGAAUCGGGGCAUUAGCUGGCAAAGGUGUUGCCGCUGUGAAGGAGUUACCAGAAUGUACAACAAGCAAAGUUUUUAAUGACUUAAUAAAUUAUUUAUCAAACACAACUCCAAAUGGUUCAUAAAUUGUAAUAUUUCAAUUUAUAUCAAAUUGGGACUGAAAGUAACCAAUUAGUUAUUAAGAUAAUUUAAAAUAUAUUUGUUUUAUAUAUUACUUGUGAAAAUAUUCAAAAUAUAUUUUUAUUAUAUAUAGAAAUAAAAACCAUUAUAAGUACAUAAUAUUUACUAUAUACAAUUAAGUAUGUUGAAUGAAGCAUCAUCUCCGAGCCGUACCUAUUGAAGCUUUAAAGUUGUGUAAUUUCUUCUGUCUUUAUCCGUUACAGUGGAGAAAUAGGUAUUGAAAGAUUGUAUUAAAGAAGAAUAUAACUUGAAAAUGGA